AUGAUAGACACUGGAUCUGAAAUAACAUUGGUCAACAGAAAACUAAUAGAAGAAGUUAACUUAACAAAUUUAAUUUACAAAAUACCUAGGGUAAAUUUAGUGGGCGCAAACAAACGGACAGUGGCAACUAUAAAUGAAGGCAUACGAGUAAUGGUACGACUGGGUAAGAAGAUGUAUGCACUACAAUGUGUAAUAAUGCCAAACAUGUCACAUGACAUGAUAGUAGGAGUUGACGAAUUGGCAGAAAAACAUGUAGUGAUAGAUUUGAAAAAUAAUACGAUGAAUCUAACAGAAGAAAAAGAAGAAGAACAGGACAAGGAACAGGAGAAACAAAAUACGGACAAAUCAGGUAAAGAACAAACAGUGGAAAUGAAUUUGGCAACGAAGCAAGGACAAAGAAGAAAAGGGAGAAAAAGUCAGAAAAAGACAAAAGAAAAUGAAACCUGUGGCUCCUCAAAAGAAGAUUUGAGCCCAGAAGAAGAAAAAUUGAGAGUAUCAAAAGCAAAAGAAAACUGGGAUUCCUCAAAAGAAGAGAUGAGCUCAGGAGAAGAAGAAAUAAAGCUAACAAAUGAAAGCGAAAAAGAUAUGAUCGAAACAGUGGCAUUUGAAGAGGAGGCAUAUGAAAACGAGGAUGCAGAAUGCACGGUAAAAGUAUGUGAAAAAUCUGAGGAAAAAGACAGAAGAUUGAUAUGGGAAAAAGGGAAAGACAACAUAAUAGCCGACACUCUAACACAGGAUGAGGACACUGAAAAUAAGGAAACAAUUACUCUACAGGUGGGACUAAUUAGAGUAAUACAAGAAGAAGGGGUAUAAGACGUAGAUUAAAGUAAGGAAAUAUACAGGGAGUUGGUUUUGCCUCGAGAAAAUUUAUUUAAAAAUGCAGAUAAAUUUUAUCGAAUACAAGGCGGGGAUUUGUUAUAUUUCUAUUUGAUCUGAAAAUUAAAUUUUGAUAAUUAUAAGCAGAAUUCAAUUUAAUAUAAAAUAUUUUCAAUUUUCUCAACCACGGGCAUAUAAAUUUAGAACAACCUGUAUACAACAAAUUGUUAUAUUUAAUUUUAAGAAGUGAUUAGACGAAGCUUACGAAACUCGGGACAAUGCGCUUAGAAUAAACAAAGUGAAUGACGCGUACCAUUAUCGUUGUUCGCGGAAGGUUCGAUCAUUAGCCUAUGCUAAAUAAGACUCAGUUGAAAAAGAUAAUAGGUCAUUAUCGUUGUUCGCGGAAGGUUCGAUCAUUAGCCGAUGCUAAAUAAGACUCAGUUGAAAUAGAGAAUAGGUCAUUAAAAUUUGUAAAUAGUAGAAAGUAAUUUUAGAAUGGGAAUUAACUAUUUUCUUUUGAAAUCCAUUAAGCAUAUUUAGAAAGAUUAAAAAUUGGUUUUGAGGAAUACUGCGAAUGAGAGUUGGUGGUGGAAGGUUGAUUUGUGAAUCUGGAAGGGAUAUUUAGAAAGUAGGGGAAUGAAUGACAAAUAGAGAUCAGAAUGUUUUGAGCUGUCGAGAAGUGAAGUCCAGUAGUAGACGGUAGUGUACGGAGAGUGAGAAAGCCGGUGUAGUUCCGUGAGUGUGGAGUAUCUAUCGUGGAACGAGAGGUAGGCCAGGUUGAGAGUAAAAGAACCUCCUUGAGCCAAGAGUGUCCCGGUAGCUGAUUGCAGUUUCGAAAAAGGUAGAAUACAGCAUCACGACAGAAGCAGGUACGAGAGCUAUACGAGCUAGUUUUCAAAGGAGAACAUUACUGAAAGCCAGGACGAGGUUUUGAUCGCAGCCAAGGAUAGCAGGAAACGGGUCUUGUGUGAAGACAUUCUCAGUUCACCAGAAAAAGGUCAGUCUCAUUUGUUUGGACAUGAAUGUAUGGGUUUUUAGUAUUAAAUACCACAUUUAAAAUUGAAGAACAUAAUCAAUAAUAUCAGAAAAGUUUCAUCAAACUUAAAUAGAAUUGUUGCUAAUAACGGCCGAUUUCAUAAUGAAGUUAAAGGAGGCUUUAAAUUUAAAGUUGCCUUUAAUUUGAGAUUUUCAGUUUCAUAAUCAAGUUAAAGGGUCCUUUUUAUCAAAAGCCCUCUUUAACUUUAAAGUGCAGAUUUCGGACCUUUAAGUUGCUAAAGUCUCCUUUAAAGGGUACAUAACCUAUUUUGUUGAGUUAAAAACACAGUUGUUUUUGUAUUUAACUUUUAAGGUUAACAUAAAAAGUCAAUAAUAAUUAUUAUUACUAGGAUUAAUUAAUUGUACUUGAAAAGCACAAUUAUGUAUAAUUUUGAAACGUCUAGUUCAAGAAAUUUAUUGUAUUCAGAAGACCAAAAAUUAACCAGAACAGAUUAAGAACAAACUGUUUUGAACAAUAAUAAUAUGAUGAUCUGGAUUUUUAUCAAAGAUUUAGGUUGAAAACAAACAGUUUUGUGUGCCUUCUUAAUUAGAAAACCAAAUAACUUUACCUACUAUUAGAGGUGGAUGCAUUACUGCCAUGCAACAAAUUCUGUGGGAUUUUAUGCAUCAGGAAGUAUGCAAUUAAAUGUAGCUGAUUUUACAGCAGUGUCCAGAGGUUCAGCAAGUAGAAUUAUAAAAGUAGUAUCCUUUAAAAUUGCACUCAUUAUUCCCUAGAAUAAUGAGUGCAAUGGGUUAUACUUUAAUUAAAAUAGAUUCUGCAGGUGUCCAGGAUGCAGAAAUUUUCAGGUACAGAAAAUCAUUUUUUGCAUUGAAUGUUCAGUCAGUGAUGCAAAAUUUAAAAUUAGAGAUAUUGUUGAACUGUGGCCAUCAAAUAAGACAUUUUUAAUAAUAAUGGGCUGAAGCAUAAUUCAGGGGCUUAGAAUCACACAAACUUGUUUUAUUUUCGUCUACAGAAAUAUUAGGGUUACAGUAACUGAACGUUAUAAUAUGUACAGUCAGAAAAAUGAAAGAAUACCCAUGAACGAACAUAUAAAACACGCUGUAUUUUCCUGUCACCGUGUCACAAAGAAAAUUGCCCAGCGCAAGUACAUGUAACAAUAAUUAUUACAUGUACUUGCGCUGGCCAGUUUUUUGAGUGACUCGGUGACAGGAAAAUACAGCGUGUUUUAUAUGUUCGUUUAUGGGUAUUCUUUCAUUUUUCCUACUUGUACCUAGGUAUGCAUGUGCUAAUCCCCUGAAUUUUGAAAGUGGUAUCUUUGGUCAUUACAUAUUGGUUGGUGACAGUGACGAACAAGGAAUGUAGUAGAACAGCAAUAUGGGUUGUGGAAAUGAAGAUUUUCUAUACUCCGCUUAGGAACGAGACUACAAUUAGAAAACAUGACUGUGAUUGUUGCAACUAGAGUGCUUCAUAAUAUUGCCAUUGAUAUGGAUGAUAAUUUUCCUGUGAAUAAAACUGGAGAUGAAGCAAACGAUGAAUAAUUACAACCGAUAAAAAAUAACGAAAAUAUUUCAGAAAACAAUAUAACUGUGUUAAUGUGUAAAUGAAAACUUUGGUAGAUUGUAAAUAUAUUUAUCAAUAAAAGCAAAAUGAAUGUA